AUGUGCAAUUUCCCAGCUUGUAGCCUCGUGGAUUCUUUCAUUGCUUUGCCAGUAAUCGCUGCCGAACGCGUGGUCAGAAGAGGGCAGCUCCUCUCUCCGAUGGCGACGGCGCGGGUGACGGUUCUGCCUUCGCUGAGGUGCCUGUUCGAUGACCCUGUCGAGAUCCGUGUGGCCGGUCUCCUGCCGCAGCAGGCCGUCACCCUCCGAGCCAGCCUCGUGGACGAGAGCGGGGAGCUUUUCCAAGCCCACGCUCGCUACAGAGCUGGGAGCAGUGGAGAGCUCGACCUCAGCCGCUCCCCGGCCCUGGGGGGCAGCUAUUUGGGAGUGGAGCCGAUGGGGCUGCGGUGGGCGCCGAUGGGGCUGCUGUGGGCUCUGCGGUCUAAAGCACCCUACAAGCGGCUGGCAAAGAGAAACGUCCUGACCCCUUUCUGUGUGGACUUGGAAGUGUAUGAGGGCCAUGAGGACAUGAGCCGCUUGCUGGGAAAAUGCACCAAUGAGCGAUGGUUUUUAGGAGAGGGGGUGAAGAGGAUUUCAGUCAGGGAAGGGCGUCUGAAAGCAACCCUCUUCCUCCCUCCCGGGCCUGGCCCAUUCCCUGGACUUGUGGAUUUGUAUGGAUCUGGUGGAGGUCUCGUUGAAUACAGAGCGAGUCUCCUGGCUAGCAGAGGCUUUGUGACUCUGGCUCUUGUGUACAUGGCCUUUGAAGAUCUCCCUGCUAUGCCAGAGGUUCUUGAGCUGAGCUAUUUUGAGGAAGCUGUGAACUUCUUGCAGAAGCAGCCUCAGGUGAAAGAUACUGGGAUUGGCGUUUUGGGCUUGUCUAAAGGAGCUGAUCUGGCCCUUUCCAUGGCCACGUUUCUACCUGGCAUCAAGGCAGCUGUCAGCAUAUCUGGAAGUAGCUUUAACUCUUUCAUUCCCCUGCAGGGGGAUGGCUUCACUCUUCCUGCCCACCCGUAUGAUUUGGGGAGGAUGAAGACCAGUGACAAGUCCGGCCUGGUAGAUUUUUCAGAUAUCCUAGAUGAUCACAGGGAUCCAGCAACUUGGGAUUGUCGCAUUCCCCUGGAGAGGUCCUUGGCCAAGUUCCUCUUCCUGUCUGGACUGGAUGACAAAAACUGGCAAAGCGAUCUCUAUUGCCAGGACGCUCCUCAGCGCCUUCAGCGCUACGGUCGGGAAGCGGAAUUUUGCUCCUAUUCUGGAGCAGGGCACCUCUUGGAGCCACCAUACUUGCCUCUGUGCCAGGCUUCCAUCCACAAAGUGCUCGGGAUGUUCGUGCAUUGGGGAGGACAAUGGAGGGAGCAUGCCAAAGCCCAGGAAGAUGCGUGGUGCAGGAUACAGGCUUUUUUCUGGCGACACUUGAUGGACUCGGACAUCCCUAAGGGCAAGCUGUAG